GCAAUACGUAGUUGAUGUUUGAAUUGUGGGCAGAGUCUAAUAACCGGUGUCAACAAUGACACGGUUAAACUAGCACUACCAAAUUUACCAGUUAUCUUCUGCAGACCACUAGCAGCAGACGAUAAAAACCAUCUGGCAUAUCUUUAGGAUUUUUUCUUCUUAAAUUGGUGCUAAAAUAACAAUUUUCGUUGCUGCUUGAGGAUUCUUACACCAGAACCCUUCCGUUAUGGAAGGAAUACAGUUUAUCGCGUUCGUCAUUUUUCUUAUAGGAAUAUCGUCUGCUUUUGCCCAGAACGAAGCACCGACUGAAUCAAGAUGUCCUGAUUUGACAGAUCAGGGGUGUACUGACGAUGAUGCAGCUGAUUAUGAAUGUGAAUUAGAUACUGAAUGUGCUAAUGAAUUUCCCGACAGACCAUUUUGUUGCGAAUGUCCACAAGGCGUAGGACCAACAAAAAUUUGCUGGGUUCACGAGGACGUACCCGUUGAAGAAGGUUGUACACGUGAUGGGGAAACAUUUACUGAAGGUCAAAGUGAUAUACCAACAAUAAGUGGCGACUGUAACACGUGCACAUGUACCAGUGGCAAACUAGAAUGCACGAGCGAUACGUGUCCCGGUAAAAGUUGUACUCGUGGUGAGGAAACAUUUACUGAUGGACAAACUGGUAUCCCAACAAUAAGUGGCGAUUGUAACACGUGCACAUGUACCGAUGGCAAUCUAGAAUGUUCAAGCAAAACAUGUCCAGGAAAAAGUUGUACUCGUGGCGAGGAAAAAUUUACUGAUGGACAAACUGGUAUCCCAACAAUAAGUGGCGAUUGUAACACGUGUACAUGUACCGAUGGCAAUCUAGAAUGUUCAAGCAAAACAUGUCCUGGAGAAAGUUGUACUCGUGGCGAGGAAACAUUUACUGAUGGUCAAACUGGUAUCCCAACAAUAAAUGACGAUUGUAACACGUGUACAUGUACCGAGGGCAAACUUGGGUGUACAAGUGAAACAUGCAAUGAUACAACAUGUGAGUAUGCAAACGAAACACGAGAAAAUGGAGCAACCUUCAAAUCGGAAGAUGGGUGCAAUGAUUGUACGUGCAACAAUGGCGAAGUUAGUUGCACAGAAAAAGCUUGCGUUGAGCCAUGCAUAAUCGGAGGCAAGACAAUACAAAGCGGUGAGUCUUUCGAAGCGGAAGACGGGUGCAAUACUUGCACAUGCUACAAUGGUGAUAUAUCUUGCACCGAAAAGAAAUGUGAAGAUCCCUGCAACAUGGACGAGUUUCGUAAAUGUUUUGUCCGUAUGACAGAGAUAACUGUAUUUGAAAGACUGGCUGAUGACAAACACUGGGUUUGUAGUACCAGAGAAGCUGUACACACAUGUGUAGAGAAAAAUCUUCAACAAUGCAAAAAAGAACUGGGACCUGUUAUAGCAGCCGUCUUGAAACCAUUUUCAACUUCAUUCAGGAUAGCUGGAGACCUGUUUUGUACAAGAGAUAUUAUGAUCAGUAAUAAAGACCGGGAAAAUGUAAAGCGUGCAGGGCAAUGUAUCAUUGACUUUGCUAAGAUAGCGGUGCAUGGGUCCCUUCUAGCCAUAUGCAGUCAAGCCCGUGUCUCUCUGCAGUGUGUAAGGGAGGCAACUCACAGUUGCAAUGAUCGCAGCAGGAACCUGUUCUCCCUGAUAACCAAUGUAUUUGAGACGACCAUCGCUACAUCGUGUAAACCAGAUACAUGUAAUCUUGGAAUGGCUGAGCAUUGUAUAGAUCAGGGGUUUACAGCCUUGGUCAUGCCUCUUUACAGAGAUCAGAGUUCAGUUUUAUCAUGCCACUGGAUACAAUCUACCGUGGCCUGUGCCUUCCAACAUACAGUAAGCUGUGAAGAACAAUAUAGGGAACAUUGGCAUGACAAAGAAGAUAGGCCCGGCAUGGAAGAUAGGUCCGGCAUGGAAGAUAGGUCCGGCAUGGAAGAUAGGUCAAGUAUGGAAGAUAGGCCCGACAUGAAAGAUGGGUCCAGCAUGGAUUAUGAUAAAGGCAAGAUGGGAGAUUCAGAUUCAAGCAUGUCACUUGGGAGUUAUAUAGACUUAGGCUCUCCAAACAGAGAGUCUGAUUCAAAUAGCAGGGACUCUGGUGAUUCUGCAGAAAGGGAUAUGUAUGGUUCCCAGUCAUCGUCUGAUGAGAAGGAUAGUAUGGGUAGUUUUGAAAGUACAGAAAGCAACAAAAGAUUGAGGGAGUAUUUGGAGUUUGUUAAAGAUAUGAGACAACAAGUAAACAUGAAAUAUGAUUAUCAAGACAAAAUGGAACAAGAAGAUGAUGAAAGCAUUGAAAAUGACGAUUUGGAAACAUGUGAGCAGGAGAAAGUAACAGGGCCAUGCCGCGGAGCAUUGCCUCGAUGGUUUUUCAACUCUGAAACAGAGGACUGUGAGAGAUUUAUCUAUGGUGGUUGCCAAGGUAACAAGAACAAUUUCGAUAGUAAGGAAGAAUGUAUGGCACGCUGUAUAAAGAUUCCCGUCUGUGAACAGCCAAAGGUUGUAGGACGUUGCAAAGCUGCGUUUAGACGUUUCUUCUAUAACGGGACAUCAAUGGCUUGUGAAGAGUUUAUCUACGGUGGUUGCGAUGGUAAUGGAAACAACUUUGAAACAGAAGAAGCUUGCCAGAAAGCAUGUGAAAUGAGGGAAGAACAAGGAGAGGAUGACAAUAAAAUAAUGGAGGACAAAGACAAGAAAGAAAGAAGUGGUAACAAUCUUGCUUAUAUGCUAGAAACAAUCAGAGGAAAUGCACAUGGUCUGGUUAAAAUGUUAGAAGGUGAACCAUCGAGGGAUGAAGAUAAGGACAUGCCAACACAGAUUUUUGAUCAGCUGGAGACUGAAGUCAUGAAACUGAAAGAGGAAAUUAAAGAAGCAAUGGGUGGGUCAGAAAAGCAGAGGAUUAUUAGGAGACUGCAGGUGACAGAAAAGAAAUUUAAAGCUUUCAUGGAAAUGAAUGGGAUGUCAGUGGAUAUUGAUGAAGACCAUGAUGAAAUGAGAGAAAGAAUUGAUGAAGUAAAGAUGUAUCUAGAUGAGAGAUUAAAGGAUCAGAUGGAAGAGUUGAAAGGAAGAUUUGAAAGUAUCAAGUAUUCUAUAAAUUUCUUGACUUCAAAACAGGACACCUUCUGUGAUAAAGAUGAUGCAGAAAAGAUGGACUAUGAAGAUGUCAAACCUGGUCUUGAAGUAUUCUUUGCAAUUAAUGCGCUACUGGAAAGUCGUUAUGUAAACAAGGAAAAGAUUUGUAGGUUACAUGAAAAGAUUGAGAUGUCCAUCGAGGAGAUGGAUAUGUCUAGAGACAUCCCUGAAGAACUUAAAGAGAACAUGGAAGCCUCGCUAGAGUACCUGAGUAUAGUAGUAGGAAGAAUAUGCAUGCCCGAGGAUGGAGAAGAAGAAGAAGAAUGUUUACCAUAUGAGGAUCCAGAUGGUACUUGUGAUUCACUAGCCACUGCCUUAUGUCUGAAUACAAAUGAAUUUUCUGCUGCAGUUUUAGUAGCUCAAAGGGACAACAUGUUUGAUAAAGUUUGUCAAAUGGCUGAAGAUGCUCUAAGAUGUGUUAAGCGAACAACAGCAACAUGUCCAGAAGAUAACAUUCCAAGAGAUGCUACACGUGUUAAAAUUAUUAUAGACCGACUGCUAGGUGAUAAAUGUAUAUUACGACAUGAAUGUAAGCCUACACCUGAGUGUGACCCUGAUGGGGCCAUCGAAGAAUGUUUCACUCUUCCAGCAAGAGGCGCAGACUUCUGUCAAGAAUUUGAAAGUUCAAAUUUACCAUGCAUUAAGAAGAAACUUGAGGCAUGCAAAUAUUCAGAGGACGUUACUCUUGUACAAUAUGAAAUGGAAUUGUUUAUAAGAAGUUACGACCCUUCCAAAGAAUGCGGUAUAGAUGUCAGCUUAAUGUUGGAAGAUGUUACAACAUCUGUAUCCGUGUGUUUUGUGAAGAUGAUCCAUGGUCUGAGACAUGGUUUGGAAACCAUGGAUACAUUCAACAAGGCAAUGUGCAUGGCUCAAUUAUCUUAUCACAAAUGUAUAGAAGACAAGGAUGUCCCUUACCUUGUUGAUCUAAUUAAUUCACAACAUAAAGAAUUUUUUGGGAACUUCUGGGAAAGAAAUUGUGGGUGGAUGGAAGACAUGGACGAAGAAGAUGAUGACAAACUAGAGAUUGUGCCUAUAGAUUUGACAGGUUGUAAUGUAGAUAAAGUUUUGCGUGUAACAGCAUCAUUCUGGUAUCAGACGUCAUCUGUUCUUGGAAUACACUGGAGCACUGAUUUGUAUGCCAGUUACUGCAAUGAUGAACACAUUGAAGGCUUGAAAAAUGUGUACACAGAUGAACUUGGUGAAACCUGCCCACAACCAGCUAAAGAUUUUCUGAAUGGUGCUCUCCCUUACUUCUCUUCUUUGAAGGAAGAAUACUGCCCCUUUGAACCUAAAAUCCCUGAAGGAAGCUGCUCAGUGGAAGGUGCUCGGCAAUGUGUUACUAAGUUUGGAGAGUUCAUGGCCCAAUAUUCACCAAGGGGUGAUGUUUGUCAAAAACGUCGUGAAAGUAUGGAAUGUGUGAUAAAGUUUUCUAUAGGCUGUGAUGGAGAUGAUGAGGAAGCUAUUCUUGAUCAAUUGACAUACCUGAGGUUAACUGCUACUGAAGAAUGUGAGCAGCCAUCUUGGUGUAACCAUGGGGACAUGGGAGAAGGGGAUGAUGGGAAUGAUGAUCAAAAAGAUGAUGACAAAGAACCAGAAGGAGAUGAUAGAACUAAGAGGGAGGUGGAAGUGAGAAUGGAAGAUAUGAACAUUCCUGAAGCAAUAGUGAACCUCACAUGUAAAGCUCGUGGAGGCUGUGAUGUCAUGUUUGAAAGAUGCUUGAAACAGACUCAUGAGGAAACUUGCAGGAAUGCCACGGAGGUAAAAGAAUGUAUCAGUGCUCAAUUGUCAUACUGUCCGAUAUCACUGAAGAUCGUAGCUCGUAACCACAUAAUGACUUAUCUACAGAUGAACAAUGCCAACAAGAAUGAAGACGAAGAAAACACAAACACUGAGAACCCUGAGAAUGUUGAUAAUGAAAGCUGCGAUAUUGUUCCUGAAGACAUAAUCGAGUUAGAAAACAAAGGAUUAAACACCUGUAUAGAGACGUUAGAUGAAAAAAUGAAUGAAACAUGGAGUGUAUGUGAUUCGUUACACAGUUUCACUCAAUGCAUGAGGAGUGAUUUAUCUAGCGAGGACAUACCUGCCUGGUACCAAGGGGUCCUGAAUGUACAGUACCAUAUCUUUGAUAACUUCUACAAUGACUUUUGUCCAAAGGAGGAUGAUGAUGAUGCAGUGGAUUGUAGAGCAGUGAAGUGUGCCAUGCCAAAAGGAUGUAACAAAACGGAAUGGUUUACGCCAAAAGGGAAAUGUUGUCCACAAUGUCCCCCAGAUUGUUCGAGAGUUUCAUGCUACCGACCACAAUGUGAUGAUCCAAUUAUGGUAGAAGGUGAAUGUUGCCCGCAGUGUCCUGAAGAGAAAUGCAGAGAUCAUGAGAUGAUUUGGAUGAAUAUACAUUCCUUGCUGAAGAAAGUUGCCCUCAUAUCUUUCUUCCCUAUCUCUAAUAGAGAAAGCAUGUGCCAAAAGGGAGAAGCAAUGUUUGAGGAGAUUACAGAACUGAUUAAAGCCUGUCCAGACAAGCCCAAAAAGAAGCUUGGUGAGGUGAUGGAAAGACUUGAAGGACUUAUAAACACCAUGGGCUUCUGUAGUAAGGAUCCAAUGCCGCAAGACUGUAACAAAGACCAGGCAAUGAUGUGUGUACUGGACAUGGUACACUCUCUUCUUGAAGCUGAGAAAACUGGAUUUAUGUAUUCCAUGUGCUCACAAUCACAGUUGCAAGCAGUAUGUGUUGCAAGCAAUACAUUUGGCUGCAAGGCACCAGUUAAACAUAGCAUUGAAAGCACAUUCAUGAGUGUGAAAAAUAUAGUGCAUAAUAAAUGUACCCCACCACCUGAUCCUGAACCAAGCAUGCAGUGUACUAUUGAAGGAAAGGAGACCCGCAGGUGUAGUGUUAACCUGGCAUCUCAAUGCAUGUACGAAGUCUACAAUGACCUCACCUGUGAUAAUCCUGACUUCAAAAAAACUUGUCCGAAAAUACCAUUUAUGUCAGCUUGUAUAGAAAGACAUAGUUACUAUUGUGAUCAGGCAGACAAAGAUGUUGUCAUGAAAAUGAAGAACAGAAUCAUGUCAAGGGUCAAAGAUAAUUGUCCAGAGGUCAAAUGUGAUGUAUGUGAAGCACAGAAAUGUAUGGACAGACUUCUGAAGGCAUCAGAUGAUGAUAUGUUUUGCAGAGAUGCACUUGAGGUAGAGAAAUGUGUCAAACAAAGAACAGAGCACUGUAGUAAAGAACAUGCUGGUGAAAUUUGGAAAAAGAUGAAAUCACUGUCGCAGCGAGUAGAACGAGUCUGUAUGGCUAAAAUAAACAGUUGUCUUAAUGACUUCACAGAUACUGCUUUGGCAUUGAUGGUGUAUGAUGGUCCAACGUUCAUAAUAAUAGAUGAUGAAAGUGGUGAUAAGGAGGAGGAUAAUAGCUCUGAGGAAGAUGACAUGGAAAGUUCUAUCUCAGAAAGUGCCACUUCUCAAAAAAGUUCGAAAGCGAAAUCCAAAAAAUCUCAAAAUAAUUCCGAACAGAAUUCCAAAAAAUCUGAAAAUAAAUCCAAACAGAAUUCCAAAAAAUCUGAAAAUAAAUCCAAACAGAAUUCCAAAAAAUCUGAAAAUAAAUCAAAACAGAAUUCCAAACAGAAUUCUAAAGUGAGCUCCAAGGACAAAUCAGCUAAAUCAAGUGCGGGCUCUCAGGAGAAAUCCAUUUGUAAUGGCCAAGAAAAUAACUGUGAGAAUAUUGCAUACUUGGAUGAACCAUGGUGGGAUAAUAAAUAUUUCAAAUUCUUGUUCAGCCCGGUUGGUGAGGUAAGUGAUAUGGAAGGUGAAGAUGAGGAUUACAGUGAAAGUUCUGAUGAAACUUCAGAUAUGUCUUCUGACACUGAAGGAACAUCAAAAUCGGCAUCAAGGUCAGCUGGUAGUAAAAAAGCAUCAAAGUCGGCAUCAGGGUCAGCUGGUAGUAAAAAAGCAUCAAAGUCGGCAUCAGGGUCAGCUGGUAGUAAAAAAGCAUCAAAGUCGGCAUCAGGGUCAGCUGGUAGUAAAAAAGCAUCAAAGUCGGCAUCAGGAUCAGCUGGUAGUAAAAAAGCAUCAAAGUCGGCAUCAGGGUCAGCUGGUAGUAAAAAAGCAUCAAAGUCGGCAUCAGGGUCAGCUAGUAGUAAAAAAGCAUCAAAGUCGGCAUCAGAAUCUUCCAGCUCAGGAACAAAGAGUACCCCAAAGAAAGAAUGCAUGCACAAGCGUCCAGUACCUUUACAUCCACAUUUGAACAAACUCUGUCUUAGUUUGUAUCAGUCAUUUAGCUGUGUUGAAAGUCAUCUAAUCUUGCUGGACGAUGGUAUCAAAGAAUCUAUAAAAAUCACCAUAUAUGGCGUCCUUGAAUUAGCUAGCCACAAAUGUAGAGCCUUGCCCCUGCAGUGCCAUACCUGUAGUAAUACAGAUAGUUAUGAAGAAUGUGAUGCUCAAGGAAUCAUGACAUGUCCAAAUUCACACAAUCAAUGUAUAACAUCGGAGAAGUUGAAGGAAAAUGGUGAAAUUGCUACCAUAUUUAAGGGUUGUGUUAAAAAGGAGGAAGAUUGUGGAAUGGAAGAUGGCAGGAAGAAAACAUGUUGCUCCACGCCACUUUGUAACAGAGGGCCACUAACUAAUGAAACAGAUGAUAGUCCAGAACAACCGAAAUGUAAUGUUUUUUCCAACGCUUACUGUGCAUUAUCGCUGUCCUCUGGUCUUGUAAAAGCUGGCCACAUGGAUUGCAGAUUACUGUCACAAUCCUUGGACUGUAUCAGCACAAUAGAUAAGAAUUGUUUGAGUAAAGAAGAAUCACAAAUGUUCAUAAUGCUCAACCGCCGUCUCAGACAGUCUCGCGCUUGGACCCACUGCCUAGCUAGGGAACGCUCGUGCCAUUGUGGUGGAAACACAGUCUUGUCGCUACAGUCUAUCAUGAAUCCCUAUAUUGAUGUAGAUCAAGUUUGCAAGCAAGUUAAAUCUGCAUAUGAUAUAUCAAUGAGCAUAGACUGGGACAAAUGUUCAGCCGAGGAACAUGCAUAUGUAAAAUUAAAUAUGGCCGUAGCUCACUCCAGAAUCAGCGGUACCUGUAAAGAGGCUGGUUGUCCAAAAUAUGAGUCGUUGUCCGACAAAAUCCUGGACACCUGUACAGAGGGAACCUGUGCUGAUAAUGAGGGAUUAUGUAAGGAAGGAUUUUCUUGCUGCGACUACGACUGUGGGGCAUUAUGUUUUGAACUGGAAAACAAACCAGAUAAUGAUGAUGAUACUGUACCUGCUAAAGACAAGGAUGGUUUUUGUCCUCUCCCUGACAAGGUGCUGGAAUUUGGUGUUUGUAUGACUGAAUGUGAUGCCGAUUCUGACUGUGAAGGUGUGAAGAAAUGUUGUAAAAAUUCAUGUGGUGGUGGCAUAUGUGUUGAUCCUGUAUCAGAAGAUCCUAAGAAAAAGAAGGAUGGUUUCUGUCCACCUAAAGUAGAGGGAGAAAUAGGGAUAUGUCAGUUUGAGUGUGACUAUGAUAGUGAAUGUUCUGGUACCAAGAAAUGUUGUGAGGCAGGAUGUGGCCCAGGCCGGUGCCUGGAACCAGUAGACUUUGAACCAGCACUGUGUAAAGAUGGUUCAGAACCUGUUAAGUGUUUUGCAAGUCCAUGCAGCGUGACGAAAUGUUCAAACAUACCAGAUGUUGAAUGUGUAGAUAACUACUGUAAUGGAUGCCAUGCUCAGUUUAUAUUGGAUGGUAAAGAUGUUACCUCCAUGUGUGAAGAUGAUGAAAAACCAUGUGAAAUGGAGGUUGAUGUUGGUACUGAAGAGAAUUGUGAUAAGGAGAAAAUGGUGGGACGUUAUUUCUUCAACAAAGAUACAUCCAAAUGUGAGAAAUUCAACUACACAGGUUGUGGUGGAAACAAGAAUAACUUUAUGGAAUUACAAGAAUGUAGAAUAAGCUGUAUGCCGGUUUGUGAACAGGUUGGGAAACAAGAAGGGUUCUGUAAUUUAGAAAUUCCAUCAUGGAGCUUCGAUGCUGAAUCUGAAAUGUGUGAGGAGUUCCAUUUUAGUGGUUGUGGUGGAAACAAAAACAGAUUUAAUUCACAAAUGGACUGUCUAGAUAAAUGUGUCGGAGAAGAAAAAAUGCUUGAAGUUUGUUCAAAGGUGAAUGAAACGCUAGUAAUGAAGACAGGUGUCUGGAAACAUCAACUAUCAGGUCUAGUAGGAUCGCUAGUGGAUCAUCAGUGCAGAUUUUUCAAAACUGUAAAAGAACAGCUACAAAUGACCUUGAAAUGGUGCUACCUUGAAGGUAAGAGGGAGGAGCUGAUGAAUGAUACCAUGAAAAUGCUUGGAUUUGAUUGGACAGUGUGUAUUGAAGAGGAGGAGCAAGAAGAAAAUGGGGAGGUGACUGAGAUGGAAAUGUGCUACUCUUUUAAGGACAUUAAACAGGAAUGUUUUAUGGAAAUAGAUCCUGAAAAUGCUGAACAACAGCAUUGUGUAGACCUGGAAUCUGUGCGAGACUGUAUUGUGGAGAAAACCAAAAGUUGUAAUCUGUUCCAAAUGUCGCAGAUCAAGUCUCAUUUUGAAAUGAUAGUUCAAUACUUGGAGGAUGCUGAUAUAAAGUGUGAUAUUACACUCCCAGAACAACAAGAUAACCAGUUAAAACCAGUUCAAGAGUGCGUCGAGGCAUACUUGCAAACUUUCAUCACUGGUCUGGCGGCAGAAUUUAUUCCACUGGGGAAGAACGAAGAGAUGUGUACAGCAGCCGGAACUUUCCGGAAAUGUAUUUACCUCAUUAAGAAUCUUCCUGUUAGAGGUAUUGCAGACAAAAUGGUUCACAUUGCUAGCAAGUUACAUCAAGAUUUGUGCAAGGAUGUGAAAGAAAAUGAGGUACCAGAGAAGGUCACUGCUAUAAGCUGUUACACCUGUCACAAAGCAGACAACAAUGAUGCAUGUAAUGAAAACACUGAAACUUGUCCAUUCAAUAAACAGGCUUGCCUUACGGACAUUAUGAGAAAAGGUAAUGAGACAUCAAUAACAAAGAAAUGCAUCACCCCAACAUCAGCAGACGCAAGGAUGAAAGAAUGUAAAGGUUCUGGAAACACAUUGAAAUGCGUUUACUCAUGCACGAGUGAUCUCUGUAAUAAAGAAGAAGAAUACACUGAAGAUGAUACCCAGCUUCCAUUGAGAAAGAAACGUGACAUUGUUAUUCCUGAUGUAAAUGAGGUCGAUAGCUGCAUGUAUAAGGAUGUAGGAAUGCUCGCCAAAACUAUUGUUACGGAGAUAUUUUUCAUGCCUUUUAGUCAUGUGAAUGAUUACAUGGAAUUCUGCGAGUAA